AUGUUGUUGUGUCAAAAGCCAACAUAUAGACUACUAAGAUAUAGUGUUAAGAGAUAUGUGGCAAGUCUAUAUAGUCUACGUGGUGUUUCAACAAGAGUAAACUUGAUCCAUCGUACUUAUGCAACUACAGUAGCAAAAGAUAAUAUCGAUCAUAAUGAUCUGUCACCUGUUUUUAACAAUAAUGAGGUACGAUUUGAAAAUAUUAAUGCCCUGAUACAUCCAAUACUUUUAGAUUUGAAGAAUAAACUAAUUAAAGGUAAAUUUGAUUCACCUUACACCAUUCUCAAUGAUCAACCAUCAGAUGUGAAAACUGAAAUAUUCCAGUCAUUUGAACAACAACUUUCAAAAGCAUUACUGUCGAAAUCUACACCUGAAAACAAAAUAACUUUAGUAGAUUAUUUAAAUCCUACCCUUGACAAUAUAUCCCUGUUAUUGCAUUUAAUUUCCAAUAAUACAUACCCUAAUAAUUUUCUUGAAUUCAGUAACUUAUCAUCGAAUAAUGAUUUGAUUAUGCAAUUAUUCACUCAACUACUACACAAGAUAUUUCUCCAAUAUAGAAUAGAAAAUGCCUCAUUUGAAAAACCUAAAGUUGAUUUUUCUAACCCUGCUGAAUGGUUCCCUGAAGCCAGAAAAAUGAAACGGAAAAUAAUCAUGCAUGUGGGUCCAACCAAUAGUGGUAAAACAUAUAAUUCAUUAAUAAAAUUAUCUAAAAGUAAAACCGGUUAUUAUGCUGGUCCUUUAAGAUUACUUGCUCGUGAAAUUUAUGAAAAAUUCAAUUCGCAGGGGAUUGGAUGUAAUUUAAUCACUGGAGAAGAAGUUGUUCCUUCAAUUGAUAAAUAUGGGAAAGUGAGUGGUAUUGCCUCAGGAACAAUUGAAAUGAUCCCAUUACAUAAGAAAAUGGAUCUUUGUGUUAUAGAUGAAAUUCAAAUGAUUGCUGAUCCAUUAAGAGGAUCAGUAUGGACCAAUGCUGUUUUGGGUGUUUUAGCUCAUGAAAUUCAUCUUUGUGGAGAAGAAAGUGCCGUUCCAUUUAUACAAAAAAUGGUGGAAAUCACUGGUGAUGAAUUGGAAAUUAAAAAAUUUAAUCGAUUAGGAAAAUUGACAGUGGAAAAACUGAAUACUAGUUUACAACAAUUGAAAAAAGGUGAUUGUUUAGUGGUUUUCUCUAAGAAGAAAAUAUUGAAAUUUAAAUGUGACAUUGAACGGAAUACUAGAUUGAAAGUUGGGGUCAUAUAUGGAGCAUUACCACCAGAAAUUAGAUCACAAGAAGCAUCUAAAUUUAAUAAUGGAGAAUAUGAUGUUUUGGUAGCCUCUGAUGCUAUAGGUAUGGGAUUGAAUUUGAAAAUAAAUCGUAUUGUUUUCAGUGGUGUCAACAAAUUCAAUGGUUCUACUGUAGAAAAAUUAUCUGUCCUGCAAGUUAAACAAAUUGCUGGUCGAGCCGGAAGAUUUAGUGCACAACAUGGACUGAAAGAAGGGUUUGUUACAGCCUUACAUAGAUCAAGUUUGGUUUAUAUUGAUCAAUGUUUGAAAACACCAGUUUCAGAAAUAUCAAAAGCUUGUAUUUGGCCCACAAGUAAUAUUUGGAGACAAUAUAUGGCCAAUGAUCCUCACAAAAGUUCAUUAUCAUCUGUCUAUGAAAAUUUCCUAACCAAUGUGUUGAAAUUUCAAAGUGAUAAUUUUUUCAUUUCUGAAUUAGACCAAAAAGUUCAACUUUUGAAUUUAGUUGCGAAAAACCGAUUAUUGUCAACCAUGAUAAUAGAUGAUCAAUUAACUAUAAGUGAAACUCCUAUUAAUUUUAGAACUUCAGUUAAUCCCAAAUUGCUUAAAAAUACUGUUAUAAAGUUCUAUGAGACUAUUGUCAAACGUGAUUGCAAAUCGAUAUUGGAUUUUGACUUUUUAGAUUUAGAAUUGUUAUCACAGAAUUCAUUUGUUGGUACAGAUGUUAUGGUACCAUUACAAAAAGUUGACAAACUCGAAGAUAUGCAUAGGUUAGUAUUAUUAUUUCUUUGGUUAAGUCAAAGAUUCCCAACUUUAUUCAUUGAUAAAGAUAGUGCAAUGGAAGUCAAAGCUUUAGUUGAAAAAAGAAUUAAUCAAGAAUUAGUUAAUGUGGAAAGAGCAAAUAGUUUUUUCCUGGAUCGAUCAAAUGGGUAUGAACCUAGAAGAUAA